AUGGUUGAGAAUGAAGAGACGGUAGAAAUUGGUAAAAAUGGGAAAGUUAAUCGGAUAGCCAUAGUUAUUAAUACAAGUAGAAAUGAAUGCACCAAAUUGUUUGACCGAAUGAUCAAAAAGAGUCGAGUGGCGGAAACAGUUGUCACAUGGAUUGCAGCUGCUUCUAAAAAUAAUACGAAUAAUACGGCUGCAGUAACAUCACGAGCGCCUGUACGGCAUGUCGAAUUAUCAUCACAAGUAGCACGGAUAACAGAGAUGUUACCUGUACAAACAUCAGCACGACAAGUUGGUCUUACUUUAACUGCCCAACAGCAAUUGAAACAAGAACAUCGUGGCAUUCAAAUUUCCAAUAACUUUACUGCUCAUUCAUCACCAUUCCAGGCAUUCACCAGAGUCCAUGAGUUUGAUGAAACUGAAGACACUCAUUUCCUUUACUACAUUGUUAUAUUUGGUGCCAUUAUUGUUUGCAUAUACGUUGCUUCACACAAUAAGAAGAAGAUUCUUGGCUUUAUUAUUGAAGGGCGUAAACCUUCAAACAAUAUACGACGAGCAGCUUUUCGUUAUAGGCGUUUGAGUCAGCAUGACGAUAGUGGAUCCGGUCUUACAAAUGUGAUUUACUAG